AUGGCCGAAAUCCGCCGAAAGCUCGUCAUCGUCGGCGACGGUGCCUGUGGUAAAACCUGCUUGUUGAUCGUAUUCUCCAAGGGCACUUUCCCCGAGUGGAUUUCCGAGGUUCUGCACUUCUGCCAGGGCCUGCCCAUCAUCCUUGUUGGCUGCAAGAAGGAUCUCCGCUACGAUAACAAGACGAUUGAGGAGCUCCGCAAGACGAGCCAGAAGCCCGUGUCGCCUGAGGAGGGUGAGGAGGUUCGCAAGAAGAUCGGCGCCUACAAGUACCUCGAGUGCUCUGCCAAGACGAACGAGGGAGUCCGUGAGGUCUUCGAGCACGCCACUCGUGCCGCCCUCCUGUCGCGCAGCCGAGGCGGCAGCAAGAAGCACAAGUGCAACCUGCUCUAA